AUGGCCGCCCCCAUCGGGGUGCACCUGGUAGGAAGCAUCCCGCUGCCCAACACCGAGCAAGUUUUGAGGCAGAUCCCCACAGCGCUGCCAAACCGCCUCUACUCGAUCCCAGACGGCGAACCAGGCGUCCGGCAAAACUAUAUCGGCUGGGAGCUUUCCUGCUUUCCCCCGGAGACAUGGCGACCAUUUUUGCCCGGCAGCACUGGGCUACCAGCCGACCACCCCGGCUUUACUCAGGAUUCCGUGGCGCCAUCUCAGUACGAUGGUGCUGCACUCGAUUCCUAUAAGCGAUUCGUGGAACUACGCGAUCAAGGAAUCAUCCCACCGGGAGUACGCUUUCAAGUCUCGCUUCCGUCACCCCUAGCCUGUAUUCAGGGCCACUUGCGCCCUGAAAUCCACGCACAGCUUGAACCGUUCUACGAACGCCGCAUCCUCGACUCGCUGAACGCAAUUAUAGCCGGAAUUCCCGCUCACGAUCUCGCAGUCCAAUGGGACCUACCCUUCGAAGUGAUUGACUUGGAGUAUGAACGGGGUCGGUUGCCGGAUGAUUUCCCCUUCAAGCCGCACUUUGCGCCCGUCAAACAAGGGGUGUUGGGUCGGAUUCAGCGCCUCUGCGCAGGAAUCCCGGGACAGGUUCAUGUUGGCUUCCAUCUGUGCUACGGGGAUCUGGAAGGCAAGCAUCUUAUUGAACCUGAGGACCUAGGAUUGUUGGUGGAGUUUGCGAAUGAUAUUGUGAAGGCGAUCAGACCACGUACCGUGAAUUGGGUCCAUAUGCCAGUGCCGAAGGACCGGGAUGAUGUGGCGUACUUUGAGCCCUUGAAGGGAUUGGCAGUGGAUGACAAUACGCGGCUUGUCUUGGGCUUGGUGCAUUUCGAUGACGAAGACGGGACUAAACGUCGGAUUAAGGCUGCGCAGUUGGCCACGGGGAAGAGGUUCAGUGUAGCGACGGAGUGCGGAAUGGGGAGAGUGCCGAAGGAGCACCUCGACAGUAUCUUGAGGAUUUCGAAAAAUGUGACGGAGCCUAUUAACUGA